AUGACAGAUCCCGACGAUAAUGCGAAUCUCCUCACUCUCCGCCAGGAUAAAAAUGCCCAACAGGCAUGUAUUCUGUACCAAAUCCUCCAGAAAACCGAAAUUUUCGACGCUUUCAACAUUUUCUGCGAUGUUUUCAGAGAAAAUUCAAUGGAAUACCGGGAAUUUGAGUUUUUCUUCUAUCAAUUGGGAAAGGAAAAUGCCGAAUUGGGCAGUGAAUUGAGAUUCAAUCCGAAAAGUCGUCAACUUUUGGAGCUGCCUGACGAUAUGCUCAACAAAAUUUUCGACUGCGUGAAGCCAAUCGAGCUAUUCCCAAUUCGAAAAGUGUCUCGUCGUUUCCGUGACGUCAUCGACAGACGGGCUCCCAGAUUCAAGCAAAUCGAACUGAACAUUGCCAAUUUUUGUCUUAGUAUGAAUUUUGAUGACGAUGAUGAAGACGUUCAAUACUCUCGAGAUGAGGAUGAAGACGAGGAGGGAUUUACUAUUGAGUAUAAGGAACAUGAAACCCACGUGGCAAAAGGAUCCGUCGUAGAAGCUGGUCUGUCGGAUCUGUACCGAAUCAUGAAAAAUCCGAAAUUCUCGCUUGAAACUCUCGAUGUCACAUUUUGCGAAUAUCUCAGAGGAGAGAACAUGGAACUCGUCGAGAAUAUGAUGAAAAAGCUGAAAUCCAUUCAAGUGAAGGUGGUUAUUCUCCGCGACGCAUACAGUGACACUAUUGAUCACGUUCUUCCGUAUUUAGAGCCGGGAAAACUCGAGGAUAUUCAUUUUGAGGCACAUUCUUGGCUUGCCAAGUGUGACAGGGUUAUCAAGACUGAGCAGUUUAAACUUGCGAAGCGAUUCUUUAUGGAUGGGGGGGGGGGGGGGGUAUUUUGGAAAAAAUUGACAAAAAAAAACAUAUAA